UUUCGCUGCAAUGUCAUUCAAUUAAAUUAUUAUCUCACCUCUUCUUCAUACACUUGGAGGUCAUGGAAGACUCGAUAGCAAACAGCGCUACAGCAGCGGCAGCCAACAAGCCUCAUGAUGAGGCUAUCAAAAAGGAUGAAAGCCAACAUCAAGAAGAAGUCCAGGGCGGCAGUAAUUCCAAUGGGGAAAGUCAACAAGCAGACACAAUCGAGCCUGAGAAAGCCGAGCCAACAACUCACGAGAUCGCAGCAACAAAAUCUCCAGGAGCAGAGUCUCUUGGAAAGGAUUACUCCAUCUUUGGACCAAUGGAAAAGAAAUUCAUAGUCUUCGUUGCGACCAUGGGCGCCUUCUUCUCUCCAUUCACAACGCAGAUAUACUUCCCAGCCUUGACUAGCAUAGCCCAAGAUCUCCAUGUCAGCAACAGCAAGAUCAACUUAACGAUGACUACUUACAUGAUACUACAAGCCAUUGCUCCAGCAUUCAUUGGGAACCUUUCAGAUACUGCAGGUCGACGUCCAGCUUAUAUCGUCUGUUUCGUCGUAUACAUUGCUGCGGAUAUCGCUCUUGCUCUCCAGAAUAACUACGUCGCCCUCCUUAUUCUGCGUAUGGUGCAAUCAGCUGGUUCUUCCGGCACUGUAGCUAUAGCCAAUGCUAUCGUUGCCGAUGUUGCAACAUCUGCGGAAAGAGGAAUCUACAUUGGCAUUACAUCUCUCGCCACGAUCCUCGCCCCAUCACUUGGCCCCAUCCUAGGUGGCAUCAUCUCCCAAUACGCCGGCUGGAAAUGGAUCUUCUGGUUCCUCGCCAUCCUCGCCGGCGUCUUCUUCAUCCCCAUGCUCCUCUUCAUGCCUGAAACCUGCCGCCUCAUCGUCGGCGACGGCUCCGUCCCACCUCCAAAAUGGAACCGCUCCUUCACAAACCACCUCAAAGAGCGUCAACGACUCAAAGAAGGUCUCGGUCCCCCAGAUUACGCAGAGCGCGACGCCCUCGCCAAGAAACGCGGCCCACUUCGCUUUCCGAAUCCGCUCGACACCCUCGUCGUAGCAUCAGAGAAAGAAGGCUUCUUCAUCCUCUUCUUCGCUGGCAUAGUCUACGCAGGUUUCUACGCAAUCAUGUCCGGCAUGCCCUCGCAACUCAAAGAGAUUUACAGCUUCAACGACCUCAAAGUAGGGCUCAUGUAUCUCCCCAUCUCAGGCGGUUCUAUCGUCGCGGCAUUUGCUCAGGGAAAGCUCGUGGACUGGUCAUUCGCGCGCGAAGCCAGGAAGAUCGGGAUGCCGGUCCAGAAACGCAAACAGCAAGACCUCUCUCAUUUCCCGAUCGAGAAAGCUCGUCUCCAAGUCGCGGCUCCGAUGUUGUUGCUGGCUACGAUUAGCACGGUGAUCUAUGGCUGGAUCUUACACUACCGUGUUUCAGUUGCGGGGCCGAUUAUCAUGCUUUUCGUUCAGGGUUUUGCGCUCGUUGCGAGUACGCAGUGUAUUAGUAUUCUGAUCGUUGAUAUUAAUCCCGGUCUGGCGGGCACAGCGACGGCGGCGUUUAAUUUGAUUCGGUGUUUGCUUGGGGCUGGGGCUACGGCGUUGAUUCUCCCGAUGACGGAUAAGUUGGGGUUGGGGUGGAGUUAUACGUUAAUUGGAGGCGUUUAUGUGCUUUUGAGUCCGAUGCUUUGGGUUGUUGUUAGAUGGGGUCCUGGGUGGAGGAGGGAGAGGGCGGAGCAGGAGGAGCGGAAGUUGGGGGAGAACGAGGAGAGGGAGAAGGAAAAGAGAGAACAAGGGGCAGGUGCUGAGGGUGUUUAGAGAGGGGUCUUCUAUGGUUCAUGUGGAGAAUAUUUGAGAUUUUGAUACCCGAGGAGCAGGAGUCGUGUUUUUAUGGGCGUUUCUAAUUUGCAUCUGCAAAGAAGCUGGGAAGCCCUCGAAAAGAAAAUAAAGUUGUCAAACGGACAAAAAGGUUGGUUGGCCCCUAGGACUUAUUGUGUUUGCAGAAUUUCCAAUAAAAAAUAUCUAUGAAGACCACGAUCCGGUAUCAUGGUCUCAUAUUAUCAGCCUCG